AUGGCGGUCGGGAACAUGGACGAAGCAUACCGAGCGGUGAAGCUGAUUCGCAAUCCGGGAGUGUGGGCGAACAUGGCGUCGGUCUGCGUCAAGACGCGCCGCCUCGACGUCGCGGAGCACUGCCUGGGGAACAUGGGGCACGCGCGCGCGGCUCGCGCAGUGCGGGAGGCCAAGGAGAAGGAAAAGGUCAGGAGUCAAGAACGGAAGAUCAUCGGCGUGACCGCAAUCCAGAACGCGGUAUACAAAUCCAGUACAAGUUUCGAGUUUAGAAUCCGAUUCACGUCGGACGAGUGCUUGGACAGAACUUCUUUGAAGGAGCCAAGAAGAGAAAAGGAGGCUGACGCGCAAAUCGCGGCCGUCGCGCUGCACCUGGGACACGUGGAGGACGCUCACAAGCUCUACGUGGCGUGCGACCGGUGGGACCUGGCCAACCGGUUGCUCCAGUCGUGCGGCGACUGGAGCCGCGCUCUGGAAGUGGCCGGGAAACACGACCGGGUGCAUCUGCGCACGACGCACCACAGCUUUGCGCGGCACCUCGAGUUUCUGGGCGACCUGGACGGGGCGAUCAAGGCGUAUGAGGAGGCCGGAACGCACCGGCACGAAGUCCCGCGGCUGCUGGUAGAGGCUGGCCAGAUCGAAGAGCUGGAGGCUUACGUGGCGGCGAAGCAGGACAAGGAGCUGACGCAGUGGUGGGCCAAGUACUGCGAGAGCCACGGCAACCUGGACAAGGCGCUCGAGUGCUACCACUGGAGCGGUGACGUCCUCUCCCAAGUCCGCAUCCACUGCUUCCAAGGCGAGCUCGCGGCCGCGCGCGCGCUCGUCGACGCGACGGGCGAUCGCGCGGCCGCCUUCCACGUUGCGCGCCAGCUGGAGGCCCGGGGCGACGUUCCGGGCGCGAUCCGCUACUUCACCCGAGCGGAAAGCGUCAGCCGGGCGGCGCGGCUUGCACAGCGGAACGGAAUGGACGCGGAGCUGCUGUCGCUCGCGGCCGCGGGCACGCGCGCGCUCGCGCUGACGUCAGCGCGGUACUUUGAGGAGAAGGGGGCGUACGACAGCGCCGUACUACUGUACCAAAAGGGCGGAAACCUGAACCGCGCAAUCGACCUAUGCUUCAAGGGCCAGUUGUUCGACUCUCUGCGGACCAUUGCGGACAAUCUCAAGGAGGAUGCGGACCCAGCACUGCUAGCAAGGUGUGCGGACUUUUUCAUGGAGCACGAGCAGUACGAAAAGGCGGUGCAUUUACUUAUUGCCGGAAAGAGCUUCGAGCAGGCGAUCGACUUGUGCGCCUCGCAUGACGUCGUUAUCACUGAGAGCAUGGCCGACGGGAUGACUCCGCCGAAGGCUGAAGGCGGCGAGUCUGGCGGAUUCCGCUCCGCCCUGAUCCGGCGGAUCGCGGAAUGCUGCGAGGCGCAGGGCUCCUUCCACCUGGCGUGCAAGAAGUUCACGCAGGCGAAUGAGCGCGCGCGCGCGAUGGAGGCGCUGCUCAAGUCGGGGGACACCGAGAAGAUCAUCUUCUUCGCCAACGUAUCCAGGCAGCGCGAGCUGUACGUGCUGGCAGCCAACUAUCUGCAGAGCCUGGACUGGCACGCGGACGGCGAGGUGAUGAAGGCCAUCGUGCAGUUCUACACCAAGGCGGGCGCCGUCGAGAGCCUGGCCGCCUUCUACGACUCGUGCGCCAUCAUCGAGAUUGACGAGUACCGGGACUAUGAAAAGGCCUUGGGCGCGAUGCGCGAGUCGCUAAAGUACGCGAGCAAGUCGCGUGCGGCCGCGCGCGACGCGCUCGUUGCGGACCACACCGCGCGGAUCGCCCUCGUCGAGCAGUUCGUGCAGGCUCGCAAGCUGGUGGCAGAGGAUCCAAAGCAGACGGUGGCGCUCUGCAACCGGCUGCUGGAGCAGCUGCCGGCGACCGCGGCAGAGAGCGAGUGCGUCGUCCGGGCAGGUGACGUGUACGCGCUUCUCAUCGAGCUCUACUAUAGCCGGAACGAUUACCCAACGGCAUUCCAACUGCUGGAGCGGAUGCGCGAGCGCGGUAUCGUUCUCGCGCCGUUUCUCGAGCAGGCGAUGGUUGUGGAGAUACACCAGGCCGUUGGCGUCGAGAUGAGGGACACAGAACCUGACGAAGACUUCCGAGAAGAAGAGUUGGACGAGGACGUAAUCGAGGACGAGGAGUGA